CUCACACACUACAACAUGUUCCUGCGCAAGAACACCCUCGUCUACUUCCUGCUGCUCUCCAUCACAGUGUUCGGUAAACACAAAAAGGCUAAGCCGAAGAAGUUCGUGUCGCCUACCACCAAAGGCAUCCAGUGCUACAACUGCUUGUCGUUCGACCACCCUGGCUGCUGGGACCCCGACCACCCCGACUACGCCAAUAUCACCGUGCCGAACAUCGACUGCUACAUCCCCGGCAUGGCGUUCCUGUGCAUCGUCAUCACUUCCGAGUCAGCCAAGCUGGUGGAAACGGGGCAGGAGAUCGGCCCGGUGCGCGCGCGCACGUGCGUGCCUGCCAAGGACUUCUCCAAGAAGACGGUGUCGUACAGCAUGUGCAGCAAGCUGAGCAAGGAACUGUCGGCGUCGGAGAUCUUCAGCCGCAUAGCCGUCAGCCGGCCGCAGUGCACGCUCUGCAAGAAGCACCUGUGCACGGACGCCAGCCACUGCUAGCGCGACGCGCUUAUCGCGUGUUUGCGCCCAUUGUUCGCCCUUAUGUAACGUGUUUACCGCGACGCCCGCAGUCGCCCGCUAAUGCAAGGAUAUACACUACUCGU